AUGGCAAGCAAAACACAGAUGGUCGUGUUAAGAGUGCCAAAAGACAAGCUUGCAGCCAUUGCGGGCAUAACGCUGCCGACUUCAACAGCAGAGGCGACCUCAAUCAACGCCGAGAUCCGGGAGCGUAGCUUGCGCAUAGUCGACGACGGUGGCAGAUAUAGCGGCUCUGGCAAAGACGACACCUCUGAGCACGAUCCCACACCUGGCAAACAGCCUAUCUGUGAUGGUGAGUUGGGCCAGACUCCAGCCCUUCGCAUCCGCGGUCGCCGGCGUCACAACGACGACAAUGUCCCCUCGAUAUUGCGCAAACCCACGAAACGCCGCGCUACACAAGGUCAAUCUCUCUUCCACAGGGUUAGUAAACUAGCAUUGCUGACGAUGACCACAGAACGUCGUUGUAGGACCGUGACGCAUGGUCGGCGGAAGCGGAAACGUGUGGCAAGCGACAACGCCUUCUCUGACAAUAAAAGUGACAGCGGAUCUACUCAAAGGACCGAGGGUCUACCAAAGCGUCACCAAGCGGCGGCCAUAGGCUUGGCACCUGCGGGCAGCGUCAAUGCACUUCUUGUAGACAAGCCGGCCGAAAAUGUUGGCCAAACCAUCGCCCCAGCCGACAAGAACGUUGCGAUAAGACAGUGGCUGGUGGUUCUCGCGGAGAACUACAGCGGGCAGGAGUUUGCGGGCAUGCCAAAGAGCAGUGCAAACUCCGUCGUGUCGAAGCUUCCUUCAACCUGCAACGAUCGGCCUAGGAUUCGCCGCAGGGACCCGGCUUCGAUUCGGUCAGAGUCCAUAGAUACCCAGGCAAUGGAUCAGCUCUGGGAUCUUUUGGAGUCAUUCUAUGCAGACUCAGUCGCCCAAGCUGAUGUUGGGAAGUUCCUGUGGAACUCUCGAAUGUUCUUGCAUCAAUUCGAGGCCGCCCUUGCUCGUACCGAAAAGGGCUGGGGAUUGAUACUGAGGGAUCUGGACUGA